GAAAUAAAAUAAAUUCAAUCAUCAAUCAUCAAGCAAAAAGCAAAAAUUACACAUCACCACCCAUUUAUUUAUUUUUAAUUUACUUUUUCCUCUAAAAAAUUGGGGACUGAAAAUUGCCGUUUGCCAUUGGGGCUUUGAUGAGUGGCAUCGCUUCCAAGUUUGAUUACUUUAGGAAAGUCAAGAACCUUGGAAUUGCUUCAAAUUUCUGCUACUUGUGUAGAACGGAGAAUUUUUUGGUGAGGUGAAAAUGUCUUCGAGAAGAGGAUCGAAAUCGAAGAAAUUAGGUUCAAGCAACUCAAAAGCUGUAAAUUCACCUUCGUCUUCAACAACUUCAUCAUCCAAACACUUUCCAGAAACAUCUAUCGAUUGCCAGAGCUCACCGGCAUCGUCAUCGGCUCGAAGCAAGCCACAGUGUUUUUACUCUGAGAACUUGCAUGUGGAUGCCGACCGAUCCAAGGAGAAUGUCACUGUCACCGUUCGGUUUCGUCCUCUCAGUCCAAGGGAAAUUCGUCUUGGUGAGGAGAUUGCUUGGUAUGCAGAUGGGGAGACUAUUGUGAGAAAUGAACAUAAUCCAUCCAUAGCUUAUGCAUAUGAUCGAGUGUUUGGCCCAACAACUACCACACGCCAUGUUUAUGAUGUUGCUGCCCAGCAUGUUGUCAGUGGUGCCAUGGAAGGCAUCAAUGGCACCAUUUUUGCUUAUGGCGUGACAAGUAGCGGGAAGACUCAUACAAUGCAUGGUGAUCAGAGGUCCCCUGGAAUCAUACCAUUGGCGGUAAAAGAUGCUUUUAGCAUUAUUCAGGAGACACCAAAUCGGGAGUUUCUUCUCCGUGUUUCAUACCUGGAGAUCUAUAAUGAAGUUGUUAAUGACUUAUUAAAUCCAGCUGGACAAAAUUUGAGAAUUAGAGAAGAUGCUCAGGGAACCUUUGUUGAAGGAGUAAAGGAAGAAGUUGUACUAUCCCCUGCUCAUGCCCUCUCUCUUAUAGCGGCUGGGGAAGAACACAGACAUGUUGGAUCAACAAACUUCAAUUUACUCAGCAGCAGGAGCCAUACAAUAUUUACACUGACAAUAGAGAGCAGUUCAUGUGGUGAAAAUAAUGAAGGUGAAGCAGUAAAUCUCUCACAGCUGAACCUCAUUGAUCUGGCUGGUUCUGAGAGCUCAAAGGCUGAAACAACUGGCAUUAGACGAAAAGAGGGAUCUUAUAUCAAUAAAAGCUUGCUAACACUAGGAACUGUUAUAUCUAAAUUGACUGAUGGGAGAGCCACUCAUAUACCAUAUAGGGAUUCUAAGCUGACUAGGCUGCUUCAGUCUUCCUUAAGUGGUCAUGGGCGUGUAUCUCUCAUUUGCACUGUCACCCCUUCAUCAAGUAACACAGAAGAGACACACAAUACACUGAAGUUCGCUCACCGUGCUAAGCACAUUGAAAUCCAAGCUGCACAAAACAAGAUUAUUGAUGAGAAAUCACUUAUCAAAAAAUACCAAAAUGAGAUACGCUCCUUGAAGGAAGAGUUAGAACAAUUGAAGCGGGGCAUUGUAUCAAUUCCUCAACUAAAAGAUAUUGGUGAAGAUGACAUUGUACUCUUAAAGCAGAAGCUGGAAGAUGGUCAAGUCAAGUUGCAAUCAAGGUUGGAGCAAGAAGAAGAAGCGAAAGCGGCUUUAUUGAGCAGAAUACAACGAUUGACAAAAUUGAUUCUUGUCUCCACAAAAGCUUCACAAUCAUCAAGAUUUCCCCAGCGCCCUGGUCUAAGGAGGAGACAUUCAUUUGGAGAAGAAGAGCUUGCAUAUCUACCACAUAGAAGGCGGGACUUGAUCCUGGAUGAGGAGAAUGUUGAGUUGUAUGUUUCCCUCGAAGAGAAUGCUGGAGAAGAUACAGUUAAAGAGGAGAAGAAAACCCGGAAGCACGGUUUGCUGAACUGGCUUAAGCUCCGAAAACGAGAUACUGGUACAGGGAUAUUGACGAGUGCCAGCGAUAAGUCAAGUGGAAUUAAAUCUAAUAGUACACCUUCUACUCCUCAAGCAGGAAGCAGUAACUUCCAUGCGGAGUCUAGGCUUUCCCAAUCCAUAGUUACAGGAAGUUCUCCACCCAUGGAUCUUCUAUCAGAUGCUAGACAUGAUAGAGAAGCUCCGGAAGACAAUUUCCUUGGACAAGAGACACCUUUGACUAGCUUAAAAACAAUUGAUCAGAUAGAUCUACUAAGGGAGCAGCAGAAGAUUUUGUCUGGAGAGGUAGCACUUCAUUCAAGUGCCUUAAAGCAUUUGUCUGAGGAGGCUAUGAGAAACCCCCAGAAUGAGCAACAGAUUCAAGUUGAGAUGAAAAAGUUGAGUGAUGAAAUAAGGGGGAAGAAUGAACAAAUUGCUUCGUUAGAAAAGCAAAUUGCUGAAUCCAUCUUGGUUUCACCCAACAAGAUGGAGAAAUCAGAAAUAUCUCAAUCUGUUGCUGAAUUGGUGUCGCAAUUAAAUGAGAAAUCUUUUGAACUUGAGAUGGCGGAUGAUAACAUUUGUAACCCUUCUAUGUGAGAGAGUAUCCAAUGAAAACACAUUUGAUUGCUCGAGGAUCCAGUUUGCUCCCAUGUUGAAGAUGGACGAAGCAAACAUAACCAAAGACCUUUGGUGAAACCAGGUGAUCCGUUUUACCCUGUAAGAUUUCUAUGGGACUUUUAAAAGCAAGGACUCGAAGAGGCAUCUGAUUAAUGAGAUAAGUAACAACCGAAAUCGCAUACCCCCAUUAAGGCUUUGGGAGGUUCAUAAUGAACAUAAGUGAUCUAACAACCUCCAAAAGAUGUUAGAUUUUUCUUUUUGACAAAACCAUUCUGAGCAUUUGUACCAGGACAACUAGUCUGAUGCAGAAUCCCAUAUGAUUGUAAAUAAUUAUUAAAGUUAUACUCGGUUCCAUUAUCAAUUCGCAAAAUCUUAACCUUAGCAUCAAAUUUAGUAGUAAUCAAUUUAUGGAAAGAACGGAAACAUGAGAAAACAUCACUUUUGGACUUCAAUAAAAAACCCAUGUCAUCCGAGUGCAACAAUCAAUAAAUGUAACAAACCAACAAUUACCAGAUAAAGAAAUAAGAUGAGUAGGACCCCAAAAAUCCGAAUGAAUAAUCUUAAAAGGAACAAUACUUCUAUUAUUACGUAAAGGAUAACUGUUUUUUUGUAUGCUUAGCAAACUCACAUGCAUCGCAAACUAAAGAAUCCAACUGAGUUCUUGAAAACAAGGUAGAAAACAUCUUGGCAAGGACAGUAAAUGAUGGAUGUCCUAACCGCCUAUGCCACUAAAUUAUCUCCUGGUUGAUAUCUUUAUUCUCUACAAAUAAGGAUUGAGACAUACUGGACAAUUGAUCCAGAAGAUAUAAGCUAUCACACAAUCUACCACUUUCAAUCGUCUUCCCUGUUUGGAGGUCCUAAAAGUCACAAUGACCAAGAUAGAAUUCAAGUUUACAAUUUAAGGCUUUAGUGAUAGUAUUAACAGAUAAAAAGUUAAGCAGGAAUUUAGGGACAUGGAGGACAGAGGGUAAAGUGAUAUUGGAAGUACAAGCAACUGAACCUAUUCUAGAGACGGAGGUAAGGAAGCCAUCGACUAUUCGCACACUAUCUUUAGAUGGACAAAUAGUAUAGUUAAACUUUUGUUUGAUCCUGUCAUAUGUCUAUUUACAACGAAAUCAAUAAUCCAAGAUUUAGAAGUAGAUGGAGCAUUUAAAACAGUACCUGAUUUUACAUGAUUAGACUUAGCACCCGAGGUAAAAUCCAAUUGAGAUAAGAGACGUUGGAGAUGUUAAAUCUUGUCUGAGGUAAAACUCCCAGUAGAAGUGGACUUGUCCUCUGUUGUCACAGAGUCUGGCAAAUUUGCCUGAGAUCGAGAAUUACCUCCUCGCUUUCCACCACGACCUCAAGCGGGGCGAUCAUGUAACUUCCAGUACGAAUCUUUAGUAUGUCGAGGCUUACCACAAUAGUCACACGUUAAGUGAUCCUUGUCAGACUUACUACCUGAUAGACCAUCUUGGUUAGCAAUGAGACCCAACUUUCUCAUUAGGUGGAUUACGGAGCAUAACAACACGAUGACUAUCCUCCUGUUGUACAUAAGAGUAUGCCUCAUGGAGAGAAGAGAAUGGAGUUUUGCCAAGAACUUGAACCUGAAUUUGAUCAUACUCGGUAUGCAAACCAGCCAAGAAAUAAAAAAUGUGCACCUUCGCCACCAUCUUCUGAAAGUUUUUGGCAUCACUGGUACAAG